AGAGAGAGAGAGAGAGAGAGAGACUAUCUGACUGCCCUCCAGGUCUGCAAACUAAAUCCGCUUCAUCUUUUUUUGUGUUUCCAGCACUUUUCUCCCAGUUCUUUUUGUUUGUUUGUUUGGUUUCGUACACGUGCUUCUCUCCCGCCGAAGUUAGCGACUCCUUUCGGCUCCUCUUUCUCGUGCUUGCGGAGCGGACAGGUGGCGGAGCGAUGAUGCGGAGCGGAGCGGCGACUCGACCGCUGCUGCCGGCGCUGCUGCCGGCGCUGCUGCCGCUCCUCGCCGGCUGCUGGAGCUGCUGGAGCCUGGUCUCGGCCCAGGACCUGCCGAACGGCUCCGUUAACGGCUACAGUUUGCACCCGCCGUACUUCAACCUGGCCGAGGGCACAAAGAUCAGCGCCACGGCCACCUGCGGGGAGGACGACACCGGCAGGACCGUCCACGACCUGUACUGCAAGCUGGUCGGAGGCCCAGUGUCCGGGGACCCGAGCCAGACCAUCCAGGGUCAGUACUGCGACAUCUGUAGCCAGGGCGACGGUGACCGCGGCCAUCCAAUCACCAAUGCCAUUGAUGGAACGGAGCGCUGGUGGCAGAGCCCACCGCUGUCCCGCAGCACAGAGUAUAACGAGGUCAACGUGACGCUGGACCUCGGACAGCUCUUCCAUGUGGCCUACGUCCUGAUAAAAUUCGCCAACUCUCCUCGUCCGGACCUCUGGGUUCUGGAGAGGUCUGUCGACUUCGGCCUGACCUACCAACCGUGGCAGUACUUUGCCUCCCAUAAGAGAGACUGUAUCGAGCGUUUUGGUCAGAGCACCAUCGAGAGAAUCAUUAAUGAUGAUGACAUCAUUUGCACAACUGAAUACUCGCGCAUCGUCCCGCUGGAAAAUGGUGAAAUCGUGGUUUCACUGGUUAACGGUCGUCCCGGAGCCUUGAACUUCUCCUACUCGCCGGUGCUGAGGGAGUUCACCAAAGCUACAAACAUCAGGCUUCGCUUCCUGAGAACUAACACGCUGCUGGGUCACCUGAUGGGAAAGGCACUACGUGACCCCACCGUCACCCGCAGGUAUUACUACAGCAUCAAGGACAUCAGUAUUGGUGGACGCUGUGUGUGUAACGGACACGCUGAAGCCUGCAACGCCAAAGACCCCAAUAACCCGUACAAGUUGCAGUGCGACUGUCAACACAACACCUGUGGCGUUUCUUGUGACCAUUGCUGCCCUGGAUACAGCCAGUUGCCCUGGAAACCAGCCACGACCUACAGCGCUAAUGAGUGUGAACCGUGUAACUGUCACCGUCAUUCCUUUGACUGUUAUUACGACCACGAUGUUGAUCAGAAGGGAGGAAGCCUCGAUAUUCAAAGACGCUACAGAGGGGGAGGAGUCUGCCUCAACUGUCAGCAUCACACCACAGGAGUCAACUGUGAGCGCUGCAUCCCCACCUACUACAGGUCACCUGACCACCCCAUCCAAUCCCCAUUGGCCUGCUCGCCCUGCGACUGUCAGUCAGAGUUUACUGACGGUACCUGUGAGGAUCUGACCGGACGCUGUUUCUGCAAAUCCAACUACGCCGGCAACAACUGUGACUCCUGCGCCAGCGGAUUCAUCAACUUCCCCCACUGUUACCCUGUCCCAACGUAUCCCACCACCAACAACAACAACGGUGAGGCCAAACCAGCCGGCGAGAUCAUCAACUGUGAAUGCAGCGCGGCCGGGACGGUGGAUAAUUCCUGCAGACCAGACCCAAAGACUCGGACCUGCGUCUGUAAACCGGGCUUCGCUGGAGCCCACUGUGACUCCUGUGCUCCGGGUUUCUAUGGACUCAACUGUCAGGCCUGUCAAUGUUCAGGUCCAGGUUGUCUGGACGGGUCAUGUGACUUCCUGACCGGUCAUGGUGUGUGUCGCAGUGGUUUCCAAGGUUACCAGUGUGACCAGUGUGCUCCGGGCUACUUCACCUACCCACUGUGCCAACUGUGUGGAUGCAGUGCAGUUGGGUCUCUGCCUGAAGGCUGUGACGCAUCCGGUCGCUGUCUGUGUAAACCCGAGUUUCAGGGUCCUCGAUGUGAACAGUGCAGAUCUGGAUUCCACUCCUACCCCAACUGUCAAGUGUGCACCUGUGAUCCACGCACCUCAUUGGACACCAGCUGCAGUGCAUCGGGUCACUGCCACUGCCGGCCCAAUUACAGCGGAGCGUCAUGUGACCAGUGCGCUCCUGGUUACUAUGGUUACCCGAGCUGCACCCCCUGCCAGUGUUCUGCAGAAGGUUCUCGAUACAUCAGCUGUGACCCGAUGAGUGGCCAGUGUAUGUGUCUGCCCGGUGUGGUUGGACUGAGGUGCGACAGCUGUGCACACGGCGCCUAUGGCUUCCCCCACUGUCGAGCUGGUGUCUGUCACCCGGCUGGUUCUGUUCAGUACGCGGCCCAGCCGUCGGGCCAGUGUGAGUGCCGUGAGUUUGUGGAGGGCCUGGCCUGUGAGCGGUGCAAACCCUUGUACUGGAAUCUGUCUCCUGACACUCCUGAUGGAUGCUCCAGCUGUGACUGUAAUGUUGCAGGGACCAUCAGCGGGGUUGCAGAAUGCGCACAGGAGAGCGGUCAGUGCUACUGUAAGCCCAACGUUUGCAGUGGAAUCUGCUCCAUGUGCAAAGACGGCUUCUACAACUUGCAGGAACACAACUACUUUGGCUGUCAGGGUUGUCAGUGUGACAUCGGCGGCUCGGUGGGUCAGUCGUGUGGUGAGCGAGGCGGCCGCUGUCACUGCCGAGCCAACGUGGAGGGACCAAAGUGUAACCUACCUCGUGCUGAUCACUACUUCCCAGACCUUCAUCACCUGAAGUUUGAGAUCGAGGACGGAACCAUGCUGGAUGGACGACCUGUGAGAUUCGGCUACAACUCCCUGGAAUUUCCAGGUUUCAGCUGGAGAGGAUACGCUCAGAUGUCCCCCAUCCAGCCGAAGGUGUUGGUGUCGGUGUCUGUAACCUCUCCGGACCUCUUCCAUGUGGCUCUGCGCUACACCAACUGGGGGGGCGUGGAUGUGCGGGGCACGGUGUCGGUCAUCGAGGACUCUUGGAGCUCCUACUGCAGGAACUGUUCAGAACAGUCCAAACAGAUCGUGUUCACUCCCAGCGUGCAGCCGAUGUUCGCCAACGUUCCACAGAACAACUUUGUGGAGCCGUUUGUUCUGAACCCAGGAACCUGGACUGUGAUCAUCGAGGCUGAAGGAAUCCUGCUGGAUUACUUGGUUCUGCUGCCCAGCGCCUACUAUGAAGCUCCCAUCCUGCAGAUCCGGGUUACGGAACCAUGCACCUACAGUCCCGCCAUGCCUGAAGCCAGCCUCAACUGUCUGCUGUACAGAUACUUGUCUCUGGACUCCUUUCCCUUCAUAUCUGGAAAUGAUGCCACCUGCCGUAACGACAACCACCUGCCACGCCCCUGCCAGACUGAGAAGAUCACACCACGCCAUCCUGACAUGGCCGUCUGCAGCGGCAAUGAUAUCAGCGUCCAGCUCCGAGCGCACCUUCAGAACCCCGGGGACCACGUUCUGGUGGUGGAAUACUCCAGUGAGGAGGAAACUCCACAAACUCUGUCCGUGUCCAUCAACGUUCCAGGAGGCCGAACGCACUGGCAUCGAGUCAGCCUGCUGCACUGCAAGUUCAGCUUCCUGUGUCGAGUCGUUACUGUUGACAGCUACAACAGGGUGGUGGUCUUCUCGCUCCCGUCUGAUGCUGAAGUCCAGCUCACCGCGGACCGUGCCAGCUUCUUCCUGUACAAAGUGUACCUCAUACCUAAAGACCAGUUCACCAUGGAGUAUAUGGAACCUGCAGUGCACUGCAUCAGCACUCAUGGACAGUUUUCCCCAGACAGCUCGUCCUGCAUUCCCUCACGCUUCCAGAUUCCGUCUGACUCACUGGUUCUAAAGGAAGGCCAGAGUUCCUCUGUGCAGGACUCUGCACAGGACUCUUCUCCAGCAGCUCCGCCUGUGUCCAUCCAACAGGAGGACCAGCCAGCCUGGACAGCAGGAAUCCGACCUCCUUAUGGAGCCGACAACACCGACCACGUCAGGCUAGAUUCCCUGCAGAAUGCAGUUGUGUACUCGACCCGUGUUCAUUCACUGGGCCGUUACAUCUUCAUCCUUCACUAUCACCAACCACACCACCCCACCUAUCCAAUGCAGGUCUACAUCAACGGCGGACGAAUCUGGCAGGGUCAGGCCAACGCCACUUACUGUCCGCACGCUUACGGCUGCCGUAACCCUCUGGUGUCAGAGAAUCAGAUCAUUCUGGACGUGACGGAUCACGAGGUCUUCAUCACCGUCCAGAUACCUGACAGGAAAACGCUGUGGCUGGAUUAUGUGCUGGUGGUGCCUGAAAGCAGCUACCGUUCCAACUACUUGAACGAGGAACCACUGGACAAAUCUUAUGACUUCAUUCGCAACUGCGGCCAAAACAGCUUCUACAUCAAUCCUUCCGCUGCCUCACCGUUCUGCCUCAGCUCGGCUGUGUCUCUGUCAGCGUUCUUCAACAAUGGCACUCUGCCCUGUGCCUGCCACGAGGUCGGUGCCGAGAGCGACACCUGCGCGACAUUUGGGGGUCAGUGCCGCUGCAGGCCCAAUGUGAUUGGUCGAGACUGCUCCAUGUGCGCCACUGGCUACUGGGGAUUCCCCAACUGCAGACCCUGUAGCUGUGGUACACGGUUAUGUGAGCCGGUGACCGGUGACUGUAUCUGUCCUCCGAGGACUGUCCGGCCAGAAUGCACCGAGUGUGAGCCGCAGACAUUUGGCUGCCACCCGGUGGUGGGUUGUGAUGUCUGCAACUGCUCUCACGUUGGUGUGGUUCUCCCCAAUAUCAGCUGCGAUACGCUCAGUGGACAGUGCAGAUGUAAGAACAACAUCGUCGGUCGUCAGUGUGAUCGUUGUGCCCCCGGUUUCUACGGUUACCCGGACUGUAAACCAUGUGACUGCAAUGAAGCAGGAACUGAGGAGAGUGUGUGCGAUUCGUUUAGUGGGCAGUGUCUCUGCAAGGAGAACGUCCAGGGUUCCCGCUGCGAUCAGUGCAGAGUGGGUACAUUCCAUCUGGACCCAACAAACCCCAAAGGGUGCACCAGCUGUUUUUGCUUUGGUGCCACAGACCGCUGUCGCAGUUCUGACAAACGGCGCACUGAGAUCAUGGACAUGGAGGACUGGGUUCUUCUAGGAGCAGACAAACAGGAAGUACCAGUGACCGUGUAUCCUGACCAGGAUCUGGUAGAGGCAGACCUUAGUGAUGUCCCUGAUGUCUAUCAGGACCUCCACUGGCAUGCGCCAAAGACGUACCUGGGAGACAAAGUGUCAUCGUAUGGAGGUUAUUUGAGGUAUCGUCUCCACACUCAGACCAUGAGAGGAGACGCUUUGUCUCUUCCUGCAGAAGCCUCCAGGCCUGAUAUCAUUCUCAAGGGUAACAAGAUGACCCUGGUCUUCAUGGAGCGAGAGUAUUCCUCUCCUGAAGAACCUCACCUGGGAAUAGUCCACAUCAUUGAGGGAAGCUUCCGUCAUUCUAAGACUGGGAACUCUGUGUCACGAGAGGAACUCAUGAUGGUUCUGGUCGCACUGGAGUCUCUGCAGAUCCGGGCUCUUCACUCCCAGUCGGCGCACUCUGUGUCGCUCCGCGGCGCUGUGCUGGAAGGAACGGAGAACCUUCCUGCUGGUCGCCAUGCCAACAAUGUGGAGAUCUGCAUGUGUCCCGCCAACUACCUGGGGGCCUCGUGUCAGAAAUGUGCUCCUGGUUUCUACAGAGACACUAAGGGUCUAUUUUUGGGGAAGUGUGUUCCCUGUAACUGUCACGGUCACUCUGAUCAGUGUCUGGACGGCUCAGGAGUCUGUGUGAACUGUCAGCAUCACACUGCUGGUAACCACUGUGAGAAAUGCCAGGGAGGUUUCCUUGGUAACAACACUAUUGACGGACAGGCGGUGUCGUGCUCCAGUUGUCCGUGUCCCCUGAAGGUCCCGUCCAACAAUUUUGCGGUGGGCUGCGUGCAGAGGAGCGACAGGAUGCAGUGUCUCUGCAUGCCCGGUUACGCUGGACCAAACUGCGAAAGGUGUGCCCCUGGUUACUACGGCAACCCCAUGGUGAUUGGCAGCACGUGCCAGCCGUGCCACUGCCACGACAACACGGAUCCUAACAUGCUGUUCACAGACUGUCACCCGGUGACCGGCGAGUGUCUGAGCUGCAUGCACAACACGGCCGGACCGCACUGUGACGUCUGUGCUCCCGGUUACUAUGGAGACGCCAUCGUCGCCAAAAACUGCACCAAAUGCAGCUGUUCCCCAUGUGGUACAGAGUCAUGUGACCCUGACACCGGUCUGUGUCGCUGUAAACCAGGAGUCACCAGCUCGCUGUGCGAUCACUGUGAGGACGGCUCGUACGGCUUUGACUCGUGUUCUGGCUGUCGUCGCUGUGACUGCGAUGCCUCGGCGGCACUCGUCCAGCCUUGUGACCCUCAGAGUGGACAGUGCGCCUGCCAGGCUGGAGUCAAUGGGCCCAACUGCAAACAGUGUGCGCCUGGAUUCUGGAACUAUGGCCCCAACGGGUGCAGGGAGUGUGAUUGCAAAGGGGGCAACUGUGAUCCACGGACCGGAGAGUGCCACUGUCCCAACGGGAUGAAGGGAAAACAGUGCGACAUUUGCUCUCAGAAACACAGCGUGCCUGUGCAGCACGGACAUAACAUACACUGUGAAGUGUGCAACAGCUGCGUGGUCGUCCUGCUGGAGGAUCUCGACAGCAUGAACGACAACUUCCGCUUGGUGUCCAGACAGCUGAGCAACCUGAACGCCAGCUCCAUCGUCUGGGCUCAGCUAGACAGUCUCAACAAGUCUGUGGAGGACACUGCCUGGGCUGUGGAGAACUACAACAGCACAGUGGAUGACAGCAGGAACCGCGUGGACAUGGUGGAGGCAGACAUCAACAACGUCAACGCUGACAUCGAUAACCUGCAGGACAAGGCAGCGUUGAUGACUGACAGGGUUAACGCCCUGCGGGACAGUACCAACAACACUCAUCAGAGGGCACAAGAUCUCCUGUCCUUCAUCGACAACAUCACCACGGAUAUAAACGACAUCUUGAUGAUGGCAAACCGCUCAUCACAGAAUGAUACUGAAGCGGAGCAGGAUGACGAGGACCGGGACACCAAGAUGUGGGAGGUCGAGGCCAUGAUGAGGGAGAUGAGGUUCAGGAGCUGCGCAGGACAGAAAAAACUGGCAGACAAAGAGAAGAUGGAGGCGCAGAGAUCACUGGACCGUGUCAACAAGGAGCUGGCGGGUCGUCAGGAACGAAAUAGUGACUUAGUCAAAGACAUCAGAAAACGCCUGUCUCGCUUCCACACAAAGACGAUGGACCUCAGAGACGCCCUGAAUGAAGCAGUGAACAACACAGCCAGAGCCGUGGAGAUGAACAACAUGAACGAAAAAGCUCUGGAGGACCACAAGACACAGAGAGACGAGCUGCUCGACAAGCAGCAGGACGUCAGCAAGCAGCUGCAAAUGGCUGAAGACAAUGUGGCGCAAGUCAAUGACUUGCUGUCCAUGCUGCACGAGUCCAAGGAGGAGUUCGAGCGUUUGUCGGCACAGCUGGAUGGUGCCAGAGUACCCUUGGCAAAGAAAGUCCAGGACUUUGCAUGGGCUGACUCUAAGAUCCCCCUGGUGGAGCAGGCAGAGAAACACACUGAACUACUCAGCGCUUUAGCCAUGAACCUCACCAGUUUGGUUGCAGAAGCUAAGAAUCAAGGACUUGUGGACGUUACACAAAGUUACAUCAAAAUCAUCAACAGCAUCAAAAAGGCAGAGGAGGCUGCAAACAUGGCUGACAAAGCUGCCACCAGUGUACUCCAGAACAUAAAGAACCAGAACCUCAGUGAGGUCGCUGACUCUCUGCGGAAUCACAGCCUGGAACUGAAGGACGAAGUCAACCAGCUGAAGGAUGAACUCGACAACGAUGUGAAGCAGCAGCUAGACAAUGCUCGGAAACAACUGGAUAAGGUCAGAAACAAACAGCGUGACAUGAUGACCGACCUGGAGACUGUUCACAAGGGUCUCAACCUCACCACAAAUGUGAGCCAGGGAGUCACUGAGGCAAAGCGAGCAGCGGAUCAGGCAAAUGCCACAGCCAACCAAAUCCAUAACGCCUUACAUCCCAUCAAGGAGCAGCUGGACCAAUGGCAGAAGGCCUACAGAGAUGUCAACGCCACCAAUGAUGACAUCAACAAUGCCCUGAUGGAUGCCAACAAAACAGUGAGCAUGCUAGGAGAUGCGAUUCCUCUCCUCCUGAAGAAGUUGGACAAGCUGCAAAAUCACUCUGUUCAAAUGCCGAACAUCUCCGAGAACAUCAGCCGCAUCCGAGAGCUCAUACAGCAGGCGCGCAGCGCCGCUAGCAAGGUCAGCGUGUCAGUGAAGUUCAAUGGGUCAUCGGGCGUUCAGGUCCGGAAUCCCCGGAACCUGGCUGACCUGGCCGCCUACACCUCGCUGAAGUUUUACAUCACACUGCCAGAAGCGAUGCGCUCCAGACGUCAGGACCACAGCAGCAAGCAGUUUGUUUUGUACCUCGGCAACAAGGAUUCCAGUAAAGAGUUCCUGGGAAUGGCGUUGGACGGGAGGCGACUACGGUGGUACUUCAAUGUUGGAGGACAGACGGCUGAGGUGCUGAUGGCUGAAGACGUCCAUUCUAAAGGCAGCUUCAGCACUGUGGUUCUGGAAAGGAUCCUCCAGUAUGGCCACAUGUCCAUGUCUUCUGUAACAAGAGAAGGGGAACAAAGGGUAACCAAAGCAAAUGUGGUGGCUGGAGGAGAUCAGGGGCUGCUCAACCUGUUGACUGACGAUACUGUGUUCUAUGUGGGAGGAUACCCCAGCACUUUCACUCCACCGCCUCAGCUCAUUUUGCCGAACUUUAAAGGCUGUAUCGAGCUGGGGACGCUGAACGAAGAAGUGCUCAGCCUCUACAACUUUGAAAAUGUUUUCCAGCUCAACACCACAGAGGACAAACCGUGCAGCAGGGCGAAGGCGGUGCCGGCUCAGCAGUGGGUGAAUGACGCCGCGUAUUUUGAUGGCACAGGCUACGCCGAGAUCACCUUUAAGGACGAAUCAGGUCGCAUGCAGCGCUUCCAACAAGAUGUUAAACUGUUAUCACACAACGGGAUACUGCUGCUGCUGCAAAACGGGGACUGGUUCUUUUGUCUGGCGGUGCUUCGGGGUCAGCUGAAGGUUUUCUAUGACUUCAGUGACAUCAUGACAGAGGUUGAGCCCAAAGACCCAACUUCGUACCUCCUCGUAGUCAGCGACGCUGAGUCCAAAUCUCUGGAGGUUAUCAUCAUGCGUACCUCCCAGAACCGCAUCGUGGUGCGAAACAACCACAACAACGUCUACAACCUCCUGUUCACUGAGAGCAUCCCUCAGUUCAGUGGCAGGUACUUCCUGGGCGGAGUCCCAGCGGACAACAUGCCUAACCAGCUGAAGCCUCUGUUCCCGAAGCAGGGUUCUCUGAAGGGCUGCUUCAGGAACCUGAAGGCCGUGAACAAUCACAUUGACCUCAAGAACAUGAAGAGUUCUGGAGUCAGUUUCGGCUGUGACUCGGACGUGCUGGUGGCUCGUGAGGCUCAUUUCUCCGGUCUGAGCUUCCUGAAUUUGGCUCUGACAAACAUUCCAACCCUGAGGAAAAACUUCUACGCUGGGUUUGGCUUCCGGACAGAUCAGAAAGCUGGACUCAUGUUCUACCACCAAGACCAGGAUGGCGUUUGUCAGGUGUUUUUGGAUAAAGGUCAAGUCGUGGUGAGAGCCGCUAACAAUGAGAUUAGGACACAAAAGACAUACAACGAUGACAACAGCCACUACAUCGCACUCUACAACAACAUCAACGGGAUGCGUCUGUACAUGGAUGACAUGUUGGAGAAAGUGGACACAGCUGUGAGUCCAGGUGGCAGUGGGCGGAGCUCAACACCAUCAGAGAGUACCACCUUCCUGGGAGGAACGCCCACCCAAACCCCCAGCAACCUCACAGGCUGCCUCAGCAAUGUUUUUAUAAAGAGAGAAUCAUCUGAUCAGAUGGUUUUGAACUUGAUGAAAGCAAAAGAAAAUAUCAACGUUCCUCUGGACUGUCCCGCCGCCAAAAAACCCCAACAGAUUGUGGCUGCACAGCCAAGACAUGGCAACAAGCACAAGGGAAAGCACAAGAAGCCAUCAAGAACCCGCAGCCGUAAUACCAGGGAUUCCUGUCAGGGGGCGGGGCCAUCAGAUGCUGAGCGGGGAGCGACGUACUACAGUGGCUCAUCUUACAGUUUCCAGAGAUACGACUCUCUGCCUCGCUCGCUCAGCAAAAUGCCUCAGAUCUCUGUGGCGCUGAGGAUCAACUCUUCUGACGGAUUGGUGCUUUACGGUGCCGGCGGCCAGCGCAGCCUAGCUGUGAUGUCGCUCAGCGUGUCAGCCGGUCAUCUGCUGCUAACGCUGGACGGAGGGAAGAGAAGGGUCAGCCUGCGCAGCCACAGGAAGUACAAUGACAACCAGUGGCACACGGUGUUUGUAAAGCGGGAAGUGGAGAAGGUCAGUCUGGUCAUCGACGGGAUCAGUGCUCAGUCUAAGAGGGUCCCUGCACGGGACCGGACUCGCCUAAGUGGACCUCUGUACGUCGGAGGAAUCCCAUCAUCGCUGACGGUUCUAGGACAAGGUUCUGGUGGUUUUGUGGGUUGUGUUCGGGACCUGACGCUGAAUGAAGCUCCUGCAGGAAGCCCCGCCUACAGCCAGGGGGUGGUGCCCUGCUUCCAGAAUCCUCUGCAGCUCGGCAUCUACUUUUCUGGACAAGAAGGCCACAUUGCCUUAGAUGAGACUGCAGUUCUGGGUCGGGAUUUUGAAAUCCAACUGGAAGUUCGACCUAUGUCUGACACUGGGCUGCUGUUGCAUGCUGGGAAGGUGACAGAUCAGUACCUGACUUUGGUUCUCAGUCAGGGAGAGGUGGUGGUCACGUUAAACAGUGGCAGGAGUGAAUUCUCGACCUCCUUCAUGCCUGAGGAACCUCUGUGUAACGGACGCUGGCACACCAUCACAGUGGUAAAGAAGAACAACAUUCUGCAGCUCCAUGUGGACGCUGCCAGCGAGCAUAGCAUCGGUCCCAAACUGAGCCGCUCUGCAGGGGCCAAAGAGACCGUUUACCUUGGAGGACUACCGGGUGGCAUGUCAGUCCCUGGGCUUCCCAGCAGUUUGUUGCCCUUCCACGGCUGUAUCCGCAGAGCUAGCAUCAACCAGAGAGCCGCCGUGCUGUCCAAACUGCUCAGUUUGCACGGAGCCGUGGGCAUGUAUGGUUGCCCGGCCGCGUAGGCAACCAAUGUUCCCUCAAAUCAACAACAAAUUACUGGUGGUGGGUCUUAGUGUAGCUAAUUUAACAACAC